AUUGAAAAAUUGUCGUCCAGCAGAGACUUCAGGGGCGCAACUGUACAUGCAUGGACGUUGUGUACUAAAAACACUGGAAAAUAAAUUUAAAUUUCCAGUCUGCCAACUGUCAUUUUCCCCUCCGUCAUUCAUUGACAAGUCCAGCAUAAACAUUGCUAAGUCGAUCAAUGUCACUUCGGCUGUUCACAACAUUGGCCAGGUUUCUCUUGAUGAACAGCAUCUCCAGCAUCAUUCUCUUUGAGUAGACACGGUACAGGGCACACAUUCACAUCCGUAGACCUUGCAAUCCUCUUCCUCAUCUUCUCCGUGACACCCGGAAUGUGCACCAACGACCGGAAAGGCCCUGGGUCCACCUCCACAGCCGGAACACCGUCCUCCGGACGACGCUGUCGAUCAUGCUCACUCAACAAUCUUCUGAUGAUCUUGGGCGGAAAAUCGUUCUUCCUGAGGAGAGAAAACAAUUGCGAGUCCACAUCCACGUCAGGCUUAGUAGUGAGUCCCCUCACUCUCUUCACCAAGUUUCUUCCCACAUUGACAAUCAUGUUGAAGAGUGAACUGCAACUUCGGAUGGAAACUAUUCACCCUCAACAGCAUAUCAUCGACGUCAUCCUCGUGGACAAACACAAGAAGAUCAUCCACAUACUUUUUGACGCAAUCAAUUCUCAGCUGGGAGCCCUUCAGGGUUUCAUCAAGGAGUCUCUGCAGAACCACGUCAGCGACGAUGGGGCUGAUUGGAGAUCCCAUGGCCACGCCAUCAAGUUGAAGGAAGAAUUCUCCAUCGUACAGGAAAUAACCCGAUGUCAAGCAGAACUUCACCAAUUUCAGGAAAUCCCCUUUUGUGAUCUUUGUGUGAGGCUCAAUCUCCGAGAACCGCCUGUCAAUCUCUUCAAGAGCCAAAUCAACAGGAACGUUCGUGAAUAAAGAUAUUACAUCUAGACUCACUAGCCUGUAUCCUUCCGGAAGUUUCCUCUCUCUGACCAACUCAACAACCUCCCGUGAGUCCCUGACAUUGUAGUGGUUUUCCGCGAGCGGAGAUAACAGGGAAGACACAAAUUUUGCCAUGUUAUAAUUCGGGCUACCUAUGAAAGACACCACAGGUCUCAACGGUACAUUCUCCUUGUGCACUUUAGGGAGCCCAUACAGUCGCUGAAAAUUACGCUGUAAUUUUUCUUGAUUUUUCCCGAGUUUUUCUUGCAUUUUCUUAAAGUUUUUGUAUUUUUGUAUUCUACUCAGGUUGCCCUCUCCAUGUUAGUAUGCCUUCUGCAAGAAACUAUUUGACGAUGUUCAGAAAUUGUUUGCACAUGAUGUAAGAGUUUUGAAUGUUUGUUUUUCUGUAUAUUUCCUCUCUUUGUUGUAAAUUUGAUUGUAAUAAAUUUUCCUCUCCUCACAGCCACUGAGGAAGGCACUGUCUUGUGCCGAAAGCUCUGGCAGAAUUGCGCGUUUAAUUCUGAACUGAGAUUUCAUUUCCGACGCUCACCGGAGGAAAAGUAAAAUUUUCCA